AUGGCGUGCUUUGUGUUGUUGACCACGAGCAUCAGCAUGAAUAUGACUGGCAUUUAUCUUGCAGUCGAUGGCAUGCACGAGUCUGAUGCCCAAGUGAGAGCGCUGGUCAGCUGCAUCGUCGCCCAGCGUCUGCAGGACAAGGCCCCGGAGAUCUUGAUCCAGGCUGCGCUCCGUGCAGGAAGCACGGACAAUACCACCGCCUUGGUCGCCUUCUUUGGCUCGGGUGCCACCGGCAGCUUUUCCUGA